AAUUCACGCAAGUUCCACGCGAUAUAUCGCUGUAAUAUCUCGGCUGCGGUUAUAUUCGUCCUUUUGACUACUCGUCGCGUAGUGUUUGGAACUGAGACAGUGUGGGUUAAGUGUACUGUGACAGCUGCGGAAACACUUCCGGGGAAAAUGGAGCCGACGAGAAUCCUGCUGCUGAUCGUCCUUCUGCAUGCUGCCAGCUGUCAGAAUGGCACCGUAAUCAUGAGCGAGGUUCUCCAAGAUUACAACCCCCAGUUCAACGUGGGCUGUUACUUUCCUGCGGAAUUCCAGGGCGAAUUCGUGAUGCAGGUGAGCGGAAAGGGCGUCGGAAGCAUGGCGAACGAGCCUAUUCAGUAUUCUACCAUUAACAUCACCUUCAACGCGAUACCGGUGUGGGGCUAUUGCCACAAGAAGGUCGGCGAUAAUGUGCUGUUAAUGGACAGGUAUGAUGAUAAUAAGGACUGCAUAAGGUGUUUCCGGUUGUUGCGGAGGUCGCGGAAUGUCAUCGAAGUGUUCUCGGAAGCUCUCAACAGGUGUUAUAUAAACGAGCCGGCUGCCUUGACCUCCUGCGACACACUGAACUCCACCUCGAUCCUGUACCGCACGAAAGAAAUCGGCGGUGUGGCGAUCCGGAAUGAAUACUGCCCUAUUGCUGGUUUAUAUCACUUCAAAUACAGCCUCAACAAUAAUUCCGCGAUAUCAUUCGAGUGCAACACAUUCUCUUCCGAAUUUAAUAAUUGCCCGGAUGGUUCGAUCUUACAUUUGAACUUCAAACGAUGUAACUUCGAAAUGCACAAUCUCACAUACAAUUGUUUGGGCAGUUGGCCUGGACCAAACGGUUCUAAUUAUCUGGCUCUCUGGAACAAAAAUACUGAUGAUGGCAGACCUCAAUAUAGAUGCGGGCUAUUCCACGUUGAUAAUAAAAAAGGAAAGACUUAUAUGGCGUUUAGUAGUGACUCGAGCUGCACAGAAGAUUUAAAUAAUUCAACUAGCGGAUAUGAAACUUUGAUUUUAAGUAAAAGUCCAAAUCAAAAGAAGGUGCCAGAUUAUGUGAAGACUCAUGUUGCCACAUUCCCAAAGUGGGCGCAAGGUGUGUGGGAGGAGUCCCUUAUAGUUAAUGGAACUAUGACUUUCACCGAUCUCAAUGGCUACAAUAGUUAUACCUUCAUUACGGUGGAGUCUAACGAGGAGACUGGUCGAUAUGUUGUAUAUUCGAAAGAUCAGUGCGAGCAAGCUGCCUUUGUGUGCUUAAUGAUGAGACAACGCAGUGAAAAUGUACUAGAAUUUACGAUAGGGAUGGUCUUUAGUCCAGUUCAUCGCGAAAAUUUAUGCGACGAUCCCAAUUUGGAUAAACUGGUGUGGAUGACUCAAGCACGUAUCGAACGCGUAGUGGAGUCACCUUGUCCAAUUACGGGUCAGUAUACGGGGAUGAUAACGGACCUGUCAGGAAUGUGUGCGGAAUUAAGCAGCAACUGCAACACUCGUGAAAUAAUGUAUUUUAAAGUGAGCGAUUGCGAAUCCGGAGAACUGUACGAAGAGCGAACAUAUUUAUGCUUGGGGCAGUGGGAGGAGAAAGGCGUGAUGUAUACUUACACCAUGAGAAACGAUACUAAUACGAACGAAUGCUUCGUGGGUCUGAUCGUCAACGAUGAAGAGAUAUAUAUCAAAGAAGCUGGCGAUCAUUGCAUACGAAAUAUAGAUCCCAAAAAGGAGGGUAUGCGUCUCUACAAAAAGGGACAAUGUUAUGGGAACUCGCCGAGUCCUGCACCUACUGUGUUGAAACCGAUCCCUCAUAAUCCAAUAAUGAGGAUUACGACAACUCCGCGAUCGAGAUUAUCGGGAACUACUCGAGUGCCAGGAAAUACAGUUUCCUCGUCAGCUUCUUGCAGAUCGAGAACAUGCACGAAUUUCGCACUCCUCAUCGUCACCGUCUUCAUCGCGUUCCUCGAAGCAGCUUCCUCGUAUAAACUUAAAUAAUGACACUCUCUUUCGGACUCGAUAGUUACCGAUGUAGAUAAUGAAUAUUGAUAUUUCGAUGCACAUUUUUGUUAUUUUUGUCUGGCGGAUAAUUGAGAGGUGUGAGAAGAUCGGUUAUUUAUUACAAAGACCGACUUGAAACGAUAUUGUAGAAAGUGUAGAAAAUUUUUAUAUCGUGUUUACUUUUUAUUUUCUCAUCGCACACAUAUCACUCCGCGUUUUGCGAAAGAAAUUACUUUUUUCAUAGAAUUAUAGAAUUGAAUGAGAACGUUUGCCGUUCCAUCGAGUAAGCUGCAUAGAAAAUCUUACAAAGGAGAAAAAUUUCAAUGAAUUCAGAUAUUUUUUAAUGAUUUUGAAGAAAACGCAAAAGAAAUAGAGCUAAAACUGUAUUAUAAACUCUUUAUCGACGGUAAAGUUGUGAUUGAUCGCUGUCUUUUUUAUGUACUGUGGUUAUUACUAUUUAUUUAACUAGUUUUUUAAUAGAUAAAUACGGGAGAUUAGGUCUCGACAGUCAUAUUUUUAUAUACUGCUUUGUAUGAUGCAAGAAGUUUCACGCGAGACUUUCAUUCACGAAAAUCCAAAGAGCAGCUGCCUGCAUACAAAUAAAUAAUGAUUCUUUUACGAAACAAACAUCACAAAAUAUAAAUGCGAUAGUAAAAAAGUACUUGACUACAAUUUUGUAAAUAAUUACGUAAUAUUAAAUUUAUUUUAUUUUCUGAAAAAAUGCAUUCAAAGAUAAAAUUUUAUAAUAAUUGACAUUAAAUUUUUUUAAAUUAAAUAAAACAGGUCACAUAGGUGUCUCUUACCACUUAGUGAAAUAAGACCACAAGUGAAAUAAGAUAUUUCUUAAAAUUCUGUAGAGCAGAGAAAAUAACAAGCCAUAAAUAAAAUAAAUAUAGCUUUUAACGAAAGAAUAUAUGAAUUAUACAGUUUCAAAGACUGACAAAGUUAUUAUUUUAAUAUGUUUCAAUUUCUAGUUUCCUUUCUUCUCUAUUAGAGAUAAAUGACUUCAUCAGAUAUAUAUAUA